AAUAAUUUAACCUAUUUUUCUUGUCAGGGUAGUUGUCAAUUGUGUUGUUUACUUUUCUGUGUAGUAGUGAGGUUAUCUCAAGUUUUUGAAAGUGAACAGUUUGUUUGAAUUGCAGAAGUUAUAUUUAUUUGUAGAUAGUUAUUGAAUAUAAUGAGUACGAAAAACACAAUGACAGAAGAUGUACAAAAACAUUCCGUUCAUACACUUGUAUUCAGAUCCUUGAAGAGGUCUCAUGAUAUGUUCUUAUCCAACCAGGGCACUUUACCAACAGUAGAUGAAGAAGCAGAAAAAGUAAGAAGACAAGUUAAGGCUCGUGAUUGUUAUGGAAUGGUUUUCGACGAUGUAAAGAAACUGCAGGCUAUGAAGCACCUCCGUGAUUCAGAAGCGGGGCCCAAUCCUCCGCCUCCUGGUACCUCUGAAGUUGAGUCUACCAUUUCAAAUGAGACUGCUGUCGUACCUUAUUCAGAUACUAGUCUUAUGACAAGGACGCCACAAGCAAAUAAUGUGAAUCAGGUGGCCAAUAUGAUGAAGAAAGCACCUACCAUGCCAAAACCUAAGUGGCAUGCUCCUUGGAAAUUGUACAGGGUGAUAUCAGGACAUUUAGGUUGGGUAAGGUGUGUUGCAGUAGAACCUGGCAAUGAGUGGUUCGCUACUGGUGCUGCAGACAGGAUAAUAAAAAUAUGGGAUCUCGCGAGUGGACAACUUAAAGUAUCUCUCACAGGGCACGUUAGUACUGUAAGAGGUUUAGCUGUUAGUGCUCGCCACCCUUACCUCUUCAGUUGUGGAGAAGAUCGCCAAGUGAAGUGCUGGGAUUUGGAAUACAAUAAGGUUAUCCGUUCAUAUCAUGGGCAUUUAUCAGCUGUAUACUCUUUGGCACUUCAUCCAACAAUUGAUGUGGUUCUUACAGCUGGACGCGACUCUACAGCAAGGGUUUGGGAUAUGAGGACAAAGGCUAAUGUUCACACCUUGACAGGUCAUACUCAUACAGUAUCUACUGUUCUGGCACAGUCUUCAGAACCACAAGUCAUUACUGGAUCCCAUGAUUCCACCAUAAGAUUGUGGGAUUUGGCUGCAGGAAAGUCAAUAUGUACCUUGACAAAUCAUAAGAAGAGUGUGAGAGAUCUGGUUUUCCACCCUACGUUAAAUAUGUUCGCAUCCGGUUCCCCCGACAACAUAAAACAGUGGAUGUGUCCUGAUGGGAAAUUCAUCCAAAAUCUUUCCGGUCACAAUGCCAUCAUCAACUGUCUCGCUGUGAAUCCAGAGGGCGUUCUUGUUUCUGGAGGGGAUAACGGCACACUGCAUUUCUGGGACUGGCGAACAGGGUAUAAUUUCCAAAGGCUGCAAGCUCCAGUACAACCUGGAUCUAUGGAUAGUGAGGCGGGAGUAUUUUCCAUGAUUUUCGACAAUUCAGGGUCUCGAUUAAUAACAACAGAAGCUGACAAGACAAUAAAAAUUUACAAAGAAGAUGACAACGCGACAGAGGAAUCACAUCCAAUCGACUGGAGGCCAAAUAUUCUCAAGAGGAGGAAAUUUUGACAGAUACAUUGUUAUAUUUACUUUAAUAAAAUGGUCAUGUACUAAUCCUGCUUUAAUUAA